AUGCUUCACGAGAGUGCCUCAAGUCGAGGAUUUAAUGUUGGACACACUCACGACCACGCGGACAGACGACGCAGGACUGGCCGCAUGUUACGCCAGGUCUUACUGUGCCUCCGACCCAGUUGCCAAGGCGAAGUCAAGCCGAUGCUGAUGUGCCGAGGUCGCACGGUCUCCGGGCCGACCGAGAAGCGACCAUGGAAGGCGAGCUGGACACAUUGA